AUGGGUGAAGCAAAAGGCCACUUAGUGUUUUUUCCAUAUCCAUUACAAGGCCACAUAAACCCAAUGAUCCAACUCUCUAAACGUUUAUCCAAAAAGGGACUCACCGUCUCACUCAUCAUCGCCUCUAACAACCACCGUGAACCUUACACCUCCGACGAAUACUCCAUCACCGUCCACACCAUCCACGACGGUUUCCUUCCACACGAACACCCUCUCACCAAAGCCAAAGAUCCUCUACGCUUUAACGACGCUACUACUCGUAGCUUCAGGGAUUUCAUCUCUAGGCAGAUGUUAUCGGACAAUCCUCCAAAAGCUCUGAUCUAUGAUCCAUUUAUGCCCUUUGCACUGGACGUAGCCAAGGACUUUGGUCUAUACGUAGUGGCUUAUUUCACUCAACCAUGGUUGGCUAGUCUUAUUUACUACCACAUCAACGAAGGCACCUACGAUGUUCCCGUUGAUAGACACGAGAACCCGACGCUGGCAUCGUUUCCGGCUUUCCCAUUGUUAAGCCAAAAGGAUCUUCCUUCGUUCGCCUGCGAAAAAGGGUCAUACCCUCUUCUAUACGACCUUGUGGUUAGCCAAUUCUCUAACUUGCUACGAGCUGAUUGCAUUCUCUGCAACACUUUUGAUCAACUUGAACCUAAGGUAGUGAAAUGGAUGGAUGAGCAAUGGCCAGUGAAGAACAUAGGACCACUGGUUCCAUCGAAGUUCUUGGACAACCGGUUGCCGGAGGACAAAGGUUACGAUCUCGGAGACUUCAAAACGGAGCCGGACGAGUCUGUUUUGAAGUGGCUGGAGAACAAACCGGCAAAGUCCGUGGUUUACGUGGCGUUCGGGACAUUGGUGGCUUUGGAUGAGAAGCAGAUGAAAGAAGUGGCAGUGGCGAUUAGAGAAACCGGAUACAAGUUCUUGUGGUCUGUUCGAGAUUCCGAGAGGAGCAAGUUACCGUCUGGUUUUGUGGAAGAAGCUUUAGAGAAAGAUUGUGGACUGGUGGCUAAGUGGGCUCCUCAGCUAGAGGUUUUAGCACAUGAAUCAAUCGGGUGUUUCGUGACACACUGUGGAUGGAACUCGACAUUGGAGGCACUAUGCUUAGGGGUUCCACUGGUGGGGAUGCCUCAGUGGACGGAUCAGCCCACGAAUGCUAAGUUUAUAGAAGAUGUGUGGAAGAUUGGGGUUAGAGUGAAGACCGAUGAAGAAGGGUUCGUGAGCAAGGAAGAGAUUGAGAGAUGCGUUGCUGAGGUUAUGGAAGGAGAGAAAGGGAAAGAGAUGAGGAAGAAUGUUGAGAAGUUAAAGGUGUUGGCUCGUGAGGCCAUCUCUGAAGGAGGUUCUUCGGACAAGAACAUUAAUGAGUUUGCUGCUAUUUUCACUUGA